CAACAACUCUACAAUUCUCUGACUCUACCCUACCCUGUUUUAAGAGAACCUCACCCUGACCUUAUGGUGGUUGGCAGCUGACGACCUGUGUAAGGUCAGUGUGCUUCCAGUUUGUCUCCAGUGGGGCUAACGAACGACGGGUCUUCCGUACAACGCCAGUAAAAUACCUAGAAUUUAGGUUUUAGGCUGGACUUCGAGCACUGUCUGACCUGAGUCUGUGGGCGUUUCUUUGAAUACAGAAUGUGGGGCAUUUUCAGCAGAACUAUGGUGGGGAUGGCGAAACCCUGUGGCUUAAUGAAGCCCUGUCACUUGGUGAAGCCCGUAUCAGCGGCUCGGGUCUCUGGGAGAUACCUGACCCACCAGAAGGGACUGCCCACUCUGCCUGUCCCCCAUCUGCAGCAGACCUGUGAGCGCUACGUCCGUGCCCUGGAACCCAUCCUGAAGGUGGAUGAGUUGAAGCAAACUCGAGAGCUGGUAGACGAGUUUCAGAAACCAGGAGGCAUUGGAGAGAGACUUCAGAGGAGCCUGGAAAAGAGAGCACAGAACACGGAGAACUGGUUGUCAGAGUGGUGGGUGCUGGUUGCUUACCUCGAUUACCGGUUGCCUGUGGUGGUUCAUUCAAGUCCGGGGUUGGUCUUGCCCCGCAUGAACUUCAGUGAUAAGACGGGACAAAUAAGGUUUGCUGCCAAACUGACCGCAGGUGUCUUGGACUUUAAGACAAUGAUUGACAAUGAGACACUACCGGUUGAAUAUCUGGGAGGGAAGUCCCUGUGUAUGAACCAGUACUACGAAGUGCUGUCCUCCUGCCGGAUCCCUGGUCUGAAGAGAGACUUGGUGGUGAACCACGCCAAGAGCUCCAAACACAUCACUGUGGUACACAACUUUCAGUUCUUUGCGUUGGAGGUGUACAACAGUGAUGGGACUCCACUGACAGCGGAUCAGCUCUUUAUUCAGCUGGAGAAGAUCUGCAGCGCCUCGCUGCAGACCAACGCAGAGCCUGUCGGCAUCCUCACCACCCAGCAUCGCGAUGCUUGGGGCAAGGCCUACAUCAACCUCAGCAUGGAUGAGACCAACAGAGAGUCCGUGUCGGCUAUCCAAAGGAGCAUCUUCACUUUGUGUUUGGAUGGAGCGAUGCCUCAGGUGUCUGAUGAGAUGCUCCGCAGCUGUGCUGCCGUCCAGAUGCUGCAUGGAGGAGGCAGCCAGUGGAACAGUGGCAACCGCUGGUUUGACAAGACACUGCAGUUUAUUAUUGGAGAAGACGGGAUAUGUGGUGCAAACUAUGAGCAUGCCCCAGCUGAGGGCCCCCCCAUAGUGGCCUUGAUCGACCAUGCUGUAGAAUACACAAGGAAGCCAGAGAUGGUGCAGACUCCCGUGGUGCCUUUGCCCGUGCCCCAGAAACUGCACUUUAACAUCACACCCGAGAUCAAGAAGGACAUUGAGGAGGCCAAGCACGCCAUGAACAUACUGGCCCAGGACUUGGAUAUGAUGGUCACGGUAUUUAGCCACUUUGGGAAAAAUGUGCCAAAGGCCCACAAGAUGAGCCCGGAUGCUUUCAUACAGAUGGCGCUACAACUGGCUUACUACAGGAUGUACCAGCGCUGCUGUUCCACGUAUGAAAGUGCCUCCCUGCGUAUGUUCAGACUGGGUCGCACAGAUACAAUCCGAUCUGCCUCGAGUGCCUCCGCUGCCUUUGUCAGAGCCUUUGAUGACCCCAGCAAACAGAACACCGAGAAGGUUGAUCUAAUGGAGAAAGCUGUAAAUGCACACAGGUCAUAUACUAACAUGGCAAUCACUGGCCAGGCCAUAGACAGACAUCUCCUAGGCCUUAAGAUGGUGGCUGUUGAAGAAAAACUCUCCAUACCUGAUAUCUACACAGACACUGCCUACGCCAAAGCCUUACACUACAAGCUAUCUACAAGCCAGGUGCCGUCCAAGACCGACUGCGUCAUGUGUUUCGGCCCGGUCGUAUCCGACGGAUACGGCGUGUGCUACAAUCCUAUGAACGAUCACAUCAACUUUGCAGUGUCGUCUUUCAACAGCUGUAAAGAAACCGACGCAGCACAUCUGGCCCAGGCUGUGGAGGGCGCACUGUUGGACAUGAGGACACUGCUGGAACAAACCCCAAAAGCCAAACUGUGAAGUGCCUCCAGACUUGACUGGCCUCUUGGUAAUUGAAGUAGAUGCUACAGGGCUUGAUAGGAAGACUGCUCUCAGUGUGAUUGAGUGACAUUCAGAUGACUGAACCCCACACCUGGUGCAAGCUACAGUUGGUAGUCUGAACCAGCGGCCUCACCAUGUUAUUGAUCGUCAUUACCAUGCACUUUAAAUGGCGCUGCGACAGCGGCUGUGUAAGGACUGGGCAGCGCUGCUCCUCUGGGGGUACUUAAUUAAAGUAGUUUUAUACAACAUUCAGAGUCUGGGCCGGGAUUGCCUGCAAACGGCUGUCACCUUUUCUUCAUGUUUUACUGCGGUUAGGAUCCAGCACACACAGCAGGAGUGAGACAUUCUCUGCCCGUUACUCCACUUUAUCUUUACUUAAUAUGUUGUUUGCCUCUAUAGACCCAGUCACAAUAUGUGACAUGUUACCAUGACGUCCGGGUAGAAAACUCCGGCCUCUCUUACAUACAAUUUAACGGCGCUGAGCAAACUGGAUAUACUCAUCUUAUUCAUCUAAAAUGCACGUUUGAUUCAUACGUCAUCACUUUCCCCACCGUUAGGUUGUAGACCUAAUUUAGCUGUUGGGCCACAGACAAAAGAAAACAGCUAUGUUUCCAUCCACAUGUUUUUAUCCAAAUUAAGUUAUAUUGAAUGAAAAAUAUCUUAUGGAAACUUAAAAUUCGAUGGAAUUUGAUGAAUAUUGACUCAAAGGAAAUAUGUUCGGUCUCAUCGGAUUUUCUCUUGAUCAAUAUACGGCUUAUGAGAGGAACGCUGAUGGAUACGUCAUUUGCCGAAUAAAUAAUGAAUUCUGAUUAAGUUUUAGGUCAUUUUAUGGUUGCAACCCACCACAAAACAAAGAAGAAGAAGUUUUAGUUCAUUUCUGCCCAGUAUUUCUGCUCUGUCUGCACACAUGGGAUAGGGGGUUGUCAACAGAGACAGAUGGAAGUGGAUAAACGAGGAGACGAGACUUUUAGAAUUUAAUUUAUCAGGAACUUGCGAAGGAAAUGGCCAGUAAAGGUUACAACAAGCCGUGGGACGUCCUCCGGAGUAAAUGGAAGACGCUCAAACUGAGAGACAUGUCUCAAAAAAGAGUCUCGCCAGCUGAUGGCGACAUGGCUUGAUAUGUCGCCAUCAGCCGGCACAUAAGCACUAUUACAACUAGUCCCAUAGUGAUCAUGUGUUGGUAGAUGCUGCGAUUCAUUUUGUCUACAAACACUUUAAAACACACUUUCCCCGGCUUUAUUCACAUGAGUUUGGUUUUUUUUUUUACAGAAUUUAAGAUAAUUCGAUUGACAAGUGGAUGGAAACUUAUGGCGUUUUUCCAUUAAUGGUACGUGCUCGCCUCGACUCGACCGCGGUGCCCUGUCCUCCUCUUUCCAUUGCAGAUUAGUACCGCCUCAUCCGUGAUGCGAGCCGUGGCCGGUCGUCAUAGCGGGAAACUGUCACGCGACACGCACAGAACGUUAAAGGUGUGUUUUUUGAUUCUUUGUCACAGCCAGAAGGCAAAUUAUACAAAGAUAAAGAGUAAUAUAAAGGGUGUCUCAUGUAAUGACGGACAGUUUUACAGAGAUUUUUAUUUCAAAGUGGAACAUGGACAAAUAAUUAAAAGGAAUGAUCUUGUGGAUGGCUAUGGGUGGAUAUUUCAUAAUUUUAUUAUCAACAAGUCCCCAGCUGAGACCACACCUAAC